CCUCUAGGAAAACAAUUGUAAUUUCUAAUUCAGGGAUGUGCUAAAGUUGUUGCGCUUGAUUGCUGCCUCCAACCAUUACAGCUUUCCCCCAGUCAGAGAGUCCCAGCCUUGCUGCAGAUCUUGGGCCCCUUCAUUGUAACUGCUGCCCCCCUGUACUGUAACUACUGACCCCCAAUCACACUGACAAUGCUAAUUACAAAUCAAAUCUACUACUUAGAUCCCCCCCACCUCUUUUCAGUGGCCACUUCUAGUCUCCCGGUUUAGCUAAAGGGCCACCGACACAGAAGUGACAGCGAACUGACGCACGUGAACUCUCCGCUAAAAUCCACCUUGCAGCGAUUUCGGUCACAGACACCGCAGCCACCACUGCCCCGCCCCUCCCACUUCUAAUCCAACCAGAUCCCCCGCGGCCGCUCAAGGUUCUGUGUUUUUUCCCCUACGCUACUCCAGAGAGCCAAUCAGAGGGCCGCUCUGGAACAAACCCCGCGUUCCAGGAAUCCAUUCAUUCAGAAGCAGGAGAGCGCGAGGCGUGGAAGGUUGUUCCCUGUGGAGCUGUUGGUGAUCGCUGCGAGGGUGACACCCUCAUUCAUCACCAUUUAUUCACUGCCCAUCGCUUCUCAUGUGGAUUUCCUAUCCGUGCUGAGGAUUUAAGCGGCUCUCGCACAAGUAACCCGAGGAAUAUUUGCAUGGGGCCGCUGCUUUCAAUUUAAAGGACUUUUGCUAUCGUUAAGUACAGGAUCUCUGGAGUUUACGUGUCGCUGAAAUAAAGGGGUUAUAUUAAUGAAAACGUGUUGCGCCUCUUCCCAUCGCGUGUAGCUACACGGAGACUUCUGCUGCUGAAUCGCUCCUAUCCCUGACAGAGGUGCAACUGUUGCCAUUCCUGCCCACCCCGGGGCUUGUGGAUUUAUUUCUUCCCACGGGCUACCCUGGCCCUUAUUGUCGUGGCCCCUGGAGAGAAAGCUGCUGCUGCAACAGUCGCACACAAUCGUGCAAGCUGUGGGGAUUUACUGGAGACAUGUCCCAUGCUUAGGCCCGCCAGUCCCGUUCGGAUCUGCCGCAGCCUGGAGUUGGACGGGUUAUUGCUUGGUGCAUGCUUGCACAGAGGUUUUCAGAUGCAUGCCAAGUUCACGUUGAAUGCCAGAAAUCAAGAUCACUACAGAUGGAGCUACAAAGUCAACAUGGCAUUGGUGGUUCAUUAGUCGUGAUACAGCAGCCAUCUUUAGACAGCCGGCAGCGGUUGGAAUAUGAACGGGAGGUUCAGCCAGCAGCUAUCUUGUCCUUGGAUCAGAUCAAAGCUCUUCGGAGCAGGAAUGAAUACACGGAAGGCCCAUCCAUGGUAAAAAAGACUGCACCGAAAACUGCCCCGAGGCACAUUAAGCUGGAACGGACUCACGAAAUCAUACCAAUCAAUGUGAAUAAUAACAAUGAGCACAGGCCCACUCACUGGGCACACACAGGACACCAACCUAAUGGAAGGGCCCCUGGGCUCAGCAGGUCGACUAGCACUGGUAGUGCAGCCAGUUCUGGUAGUACAAAUAGUGCUUCCUCUGAGCAAGAACUCCUGGGGCAAUGCCCACCACCCAGAUCAGCCUCUGGUCACAGGACUGAAAGGAUAGUCCGAAUGCAGCCCAAGGCCAGUGCUUUGCCUGUGGAGGACAUAAAGAGCUCAAUAAAAAUGGACUAUUCACAACACCGGUUUAUAUGUGAACAGUGUGGGAAGUGUAAAUGCGGAGACUGCACUGCUCCAAGGACCCUGCCUUCGUGCCUGGCUUGUAACAGGCAAUGUCUGUGCUCUGUGGAGAGCAUGGUGGAAUACAGCACUUGCAUGUGUCUGGUCAAAGCAGCUUUCUACCACUGUUCCAAUGACGAUGAGGGAGACUCUUAUGCGGAUAAUCCUUGCUCUUGUACCCAAUCACACUGCUGGUCUAGGUACCUUUGCAUGGGAGUAAUGUCCAUCUUCUUACCCUGCUUGCUCUGUUACCCUCCUGCCAAGGGAUGUUUAAAACUGUGCCGAGAAUGUUAUGACAGAGUUAAUCGCCCAGGCUGCCGAUGCAAGAACUCAAAUACAGUAUAUUGCAAACUGGACGACGUUCCCCGAGGCCAGGGCAAGCCCUCCUGACUUUAGAGGAGAGCGUUUGGCUUCUCCUGACACAUUGUGGAAAAGAGUGUGUGUGUUUGUUUGUUUGUGCGUGUGACUUCCUUUUCCCCGUAAUAAUGUUCUAAUAUUGACCUUUAUCACACAGUAAUCCAUAUUACUGUAACUGAUCCUUUCAUGCACAGGCAUUAACACAGUCUUGUGGUGAGGAAAAGGGGGGGAGGUUAAUGGGAGCCCUUUUAUUCUCAACGGAACAAGUACAUUCGGUUAAAACUGUAGCUAUUAAUGGUAUAUCUGAUUUUUAUCAACCUAUUUUUUGGUUCAUUUUGUGACUUGGAAUGUGGGCGUCUUUUUUUUUUUUUUUUUUUUUCUCUUUUAAUCACCGCAGGAGAAGUCUAGUAACAGCUCCCCCUUCUCCUUUCUUCUGUAUAUCCGAAUGCAUAUGUAACCCCUUUAUACAGAAAGGCACAGUCUGUAUAAUAGAAGCUCCUGCAGAGCCUUACAAAUUGCAGUGUUAUCACUGGCUCUAUGGGAAGAGUUGUUCCUAACCUUGUGCCUGCAGCAGAGGGGUUAAUCCAUAUGAGCCUUUGCCCCCUUUUUCUCAUCCCAUUUCUGUUGCCUGUGUGUAGAGAAGCAUCGCUGACAUUGGUCUGUUAAUGUGUCUUUGUUGAAGGAUUUUUUCUGCAGUUUGGGGUUUUAAACUUCUCUCAUGCACACCACCAAGCUUGCCUUAUUGCAGCUAUGGGUAACUUGCAAUCCUGCAGAUGUUGUAGAACUGCAACGGCAUCCUGCACUCCCUUCCCAACUAGGGUGGUGGUGAAGGGUAUCGGGAAUUGUAAUUUUACACCAUCUGGGGGGCUUCAUAUUAUCCAACGCUGCCUUUAUAGUGUUUCUGUUACUAUAGUUUAUCUUUAUAUGCCAGACAAUUCAAUUCAGUAGCCUUAAAGAAAUAAGCUCUUUCACCCUUGGAACCAAUAGUUUCUUGCUGGUGACUUGUUCUUCUUUUUUUUUUUUUUUUCCUUGUGUGUUUUUCUUAUAUUUUAAGUGUUUUUCUGUUUUUUUUUUUUUUUUUUUUAAUGUCUUGGCCACACCCAGGCAUUUUUGUAUAUUUUAUGUACAAAUCACAAAGUUGAAUAUUGACUAUUUUUAAGACAAAAGUCUGUUAAAAACGUUUUUUUAUUGUAAAGAAUAUUUAUUACGUGAAUCUAUUAUUUUAUGAUAUUUAUUACAAAGAACAGUUAAAAAAAUUUUUACUCAUCUGAAUAUAGCAAAAGUAUCAAUACUUACUGAGAAAUAAGGGGUGACACAGAAGAGUACGUAUGUUAACUAUAAUGCAGAAAAAAUAUAAUAAUUAAUAAGUACGUGUCUUGUUAUUUCUUUAUUUUGUCAGAAGUCAAUAUCCACACCAAUAUGGCCUGUUCCACUCUGUAGCAUAUAUUUCAGAAUGAUUUUUUUAAUUUAAUUAAAAUGUAUUUUAACGGUAAA